AUGUCCGUCAACGGCAGUAACAGUAAAGCAGUCCUGACUGAUGACCUUGGUCCACCACAUCUGCAAAGACUCCAUCCAGACCAUGGCCUAGUCAACGUUCAGCCUGCUAGAUUAGAUGAUCUUCAACCGAGAUAUGCUGCCAACAUCCAACACGAUACCGAUAAUCCAGAUGCCCACGGCUGGUACUCGAGUAUGAUGCAUAGUCUCGGCCAGUGCAUCGGUUUCUGGGGUGCUGUUCCAUGCUGCAUCUGUAGCAACCCAUUCAAAGAGGUACAACAGGGCCAGGUUGGUCUCGUAUCUCGAUUUGGACGUUUCGAACGAUCGGUCGAUCCAGGUCUGGUCAAGGUGAACCCUCUCAGUGAGAAACUCAUCACAGUCGAUGUCAAGAUCCAAAUCGUCGAAGUGCCGCGCCAGGUCUGCAUGACCAAGGACAAUGUCACUCUCAAUCUGACCUCUGUAAUCUACUACCAAGUUGUUUCUCCGCACAAGGCUGUCUUUGGUAUUUCCAACGUCAGACAGGCACUCGUCGAGCGAACUCAGACUACUCUGCGCCAUGUGAUUGGAGCCCGCGUUCUGCAGGAUGUCAUUGAGCGCCGUGAGGAAAUCGCCCAAUCGACCUCCGAGAUCAUCGAGGAAGUUGCCUCUGGAUGGGGUGUUCAGGUGGAGUCUAUGCUCAUCAAGGAUAUCAUCUUUAGUGAUGAUCUGCAAGACUCACUUUCCAUGGCUGCUCAGUCCAAGCGUAUUGGUGAGAGCAAGGUUAUCGCCGCCCGUGCGGAGGUUGAGUCGGCCAAGUUGAUGCGCCAGGCCGCCGAUAUCCUUUCGUCUGCCCCCGCCAUGCAGAUCCGAUACCUCGAGGCCAUGCAAGCAAUGGCUAAGAGUGCAAAUAGCAAGGUCAUCUUUUUGCCUGGCAUGAGCCACAACAUGGGGCAGCAGUUGACUGCCGGUGACAAUGCCGGCGAGGGUCCAAGCAAUGGUGGAGAUGACGAUGGGUUCCAGAAGGCCAUCAAUGCUCGAAUCAUCGAGAACAUUUAG